CAAGUGUCUCCGAAUCGCAUCUAGCCUUAGCGAGCAUCUGAAAGCCAGCCGUUUCAGCCAUGAGACAGUUUUGGCCUACAUCUGGAGCUUGUGUUAUUUUGUCUCUGCUUUGUGUCAGCCAGUUUGAUGAGUCCGCUGGUUUCUGGUGGAGGAACAGGACUAAGGUCUUUUCCAGAAGAACUCGAGGUGCUGAUUCACCCAUUCCCAUAGACUGCAAGCUGAAGAGCUGGACGCCGUGGACGCCAUGCGACGCCUGCACAGAGAAAACGGUGCAUUUUCAGUACGUGGAGCGGCACUCGCAGUUCGGAGGCACGAUCUGUGUGCACAGCCAGUGGGAUGAGAAACUAUGUCCGAUUCAGGGCGAGUGCGAGCCUCAGGAUGAGUGUGGAGACCUGUAUGCGUGCCCUGAAACGGGCCGAUGCAUUAGUCAGAACCUUCGCUGCAACGGUGACCAGGAUUGUGGGUUCGGCAGUGAUGAAGACGACUGCGAGAACACACAAAGCCCUGAAACCAAGUGUUACGGCAUGCUGACCAUCCCGGGAGCACAUAAAGCCACACAGGGCUACAAUGCUCUGUCAGAAGUUUUCGUGAACCCCGUUCUGGACCCUAACUACUUCGGAGGUAAAUGUGAGUACAUCUACAAUGGAGAGUGGAGGGAAAUGACGUAUGACUCCUUCUGCGAACACCUUCACUAUAGUGAUGAUGAGAAAUAUUUCAGGAAGCCGUAUAACUUCUUAUCGUAUCGUCUGCUGGCACAUUCUUUCAGCCAGGGAUCAACAGAAGAAUACAGUGAUGCUGUAAGCUUAUUAGAUGCUCGGAAAACAGAGAGUUCUUCCAACUUUGGUGUGACUUUCGGCAUCAUGAAAGUGGAAGUUGGAGUGUCUGGGAGUCAUGCAGAGGAACUGUUGACAAACCUAACACAGUACAACAGUAAGGACGUGCAGUUUGUCCGGCUGCUCUCGACGGUGGAAACGGCGCAGUUUAAGAUGAAGAGUCGGGAUCUGAUGCUGCACGAGGACAUGCUGCAGUCGCUCAUGGAGCUGCCUGAGCAAUACGACUUUGGAGCUUACUCACGCUUCAUCAGUGAAUACGGCACUCAUUAUGUAACGCGAGGCAUCUUGGGAGGCGUUCUGGAUUACGUAGUGGUGAUCGACAAAGCGGUCAUGGAAAGACAGAAGCUGGAGACCCGGGAUGUAAGCAACUGCCUUGGCUUUUCUCUGGGCUUCACACAUUCCUUCAGUAACCAAGCAAGUUUUAAGGCCACAGCAAAACAUGACUCUUGUAAGAAGACAGGAGGACUGGAGAGACUGCGUCAGGAAAAAGAUGACCUGAUCAAGGACACGAUUGGCUUCGUGAAAGGAGGCAUCACAGGCCCCAGCGCCGCUCAGUUAGUCAUCCGUAAUGCAGAGAGUUACAGGUCCUGGGGCAAAUCUCUCAAACACAACCCAGCUGUCAUUAAGUUUGAGGUUCUUCCCAUCUACGAGCUGGUGCGGUUCAGCACGGCAGCGGCUCAGGCACGCACCAGGAUUCCCCUCCUGAAGCAGGCGUGGGAGGAGUACAUUCAGCAGUUCAACCCGUGCCGCUGCGCCCCCUGCAGGAACAACGGCGUCCCCGUGCUCUCACGUACGUCCUGCAGCUGCCUCUGCAGGGAAGGAUACGACGGCCUCGCCUGUGAGAAGGGCACACGCAAAUCUGGUCCUAUUCAUGGAGUGUGGAGCUGCUGGAGUUCCUGGUCUUCUUGCGUGUCUGCAACAAAGACACGAAGAAGAGAGUGUAACAACCCCGCUCCUCAAGACAACGGCUUCCCGUGUCGAGGAACCUCGGUGCAGACGAAACGCUGCUGAAACGAGCGCGUGUUGCUGCUAUAAUCUGACUAGCAUGUAUUCAGUAGAAAGGUUUUGAUGGUUGGAGAAACGUACUGAAAUUUCUGGAUGAAUCUAGUAAUCAGUAAAGCGCUUUAAUAGAAACCCUUACCUGAAAGAACACUCGUUACUGUGCACAUAAAAACGCAGAACGUGA